UUAUAAAUGUUCCAUUGUUUUUGAUUCAACCAAUACAAGAGUAACGGUCAGCUGCCUAGACAUUAGGGCACAUUAUAAAACCAAAGCAAAGGUCAUCAUCGACUGAAACUGUGGAAACUGGAACUCAUAGCGUCGAGCGAGAAGCGGCUCGUAACUAUCACUAGUACAGAACUGAGUCAGAUUUCCUGAAUGAGGGCUUCCAGGGGAGUUAUAAUCAUUGCGUGAAGGAUGAUGAGUAGUAGUUAGGAUUUUGUUGUUGUUGAACAGUUUUAGAGAAUGAAUGAGGUGGCGGGCUCAGGGUACAAACUCAAUAAAAAAGUGAAACUUGAAUUUGCAAAAGCAAAAGCUUCUAAAAAUGGUUUUAAAUCAGAGGGUAGAAGGAAGAAGCCAAGUGAAACAGAAAUAGAGGGACCCAGUAUGAACUAUAAGAUGGAUGAAUCUGUAUUGCUCAAGGAGAAGAAUGGAGGAAGGAAGAGUUCUGGAACUGGGGUAAAAGAUAGAAGACGUCAUUUAGGCCAGGAACGUUACAAGGAAAAGAUUGAUGAAAAACAGCAACUUGGGCAAGCAAGUUCGGACCGUAAAAGAAAAAGAAUCUAUGCAGAUCAAGAUGCUAGACAGGAAGGAGUUUUGCGUAAUAAUGAGGUACCAAAUAGAAAAUCUAUGCAUAGGGAGGGAGAGUAUUUACAAAAAAAUGACUUUUCAUCUAAAGGGAAAAGAAAUACAGAAGGGACAUUCAGUGGAGGGGUUUCUUCUGCCAUGAGACAAAAGUCUUACAACGAUAAGGUCGUUGAUGGAAGAAGAGAAAGUAGGGCUGUUCGGUUGCCAAAGGACGGUGACAGUCUUGAUAUGAAACAUUAUUCUGGUAGCACUGAAAACAGAAAGAGAAGGACUGGAGUGUCUGAUGGAAGAAGAGAAAGUAAAGCUGGUCGGUUUUCAAAGGACCGUGGCAGUCUUGAUGUGAAACAUUAUUCUGGUAGCACUGAAAACAGAAAGAGAAGUACUGGAGUCUCUGAUGGAAGAAGAGAAAGUAGAGCUGGUCGGUUGUCAAAGGAUGGUGACUGUCUUGAUAUGAAACAUUAUUCUGGUAGCACUGAAAACAGAAAGGGAAGUUCUGGAGUGUCUGAUGGUAAGUUGAAGAUGAAAGGAAAGGCUGAAGGUAGGCAGGUAUCUACCAAUCUGGAUGAAGGUGAGAAUGGGUCACAGAAAAUGCAUGCAAAAGGCAAAUAUGACUCAACUAUGCAUGUGAACCAGAGGCAGAACAGGCGUCAAGCUCUUGAUAAAACUACCAAGAAGAUUAUGCGUGACAAAAAAGAUUUGGAUGAUGAAUCUGUGGAAACUGAGAGGCCAUUCAAGAAAAAAAAGCGAGUAAUUAGAAUAGAUCCACAUGAUAUCUCAAAUAAGCGACUAGAUGAUGGCAUUUCUGUCAAUGAGAGUAUUGUGAAAAAGAAAUCAGAUCCAGAGGAAAAGACUGAACUCUCCAAAAAUGCACAGUUUCGUGCAAUACAACCUAGCCCCUCCAUCCUUUCCUUUGUGGAAGAUAAUUUAUUGGGUCGGAGGCGUUUGAUUGAAUUGCGGAGGUCAGGCUACAACAUCGAGCUCUCUGCCCCUCUAGACAAUGUCCCUUUCUCAACAAGUUCGGAAAGGGAACGGAUUGAAGAAUCUGUAUUUAGGAAUAAAUUGACUUAUUUUGCUGCUGCAAAGGUUUCCUCAUCUUUUCCUCCUGCUGAGCUUCCUGAGAUAGCAUUUGCAGGAAGGUCGAAUGUUGGGAAAUCAUCUUUGCUUAAUGCCCUUACAAGACAGUGGGGUGUAGUAAGGACAUCAGAUAAACCUGGGCUUACUCAGACCAUUAAUUUCUUCGAGCUAGGAAAAAAGCUCUGCUUGGUGGAUUUACCAGGAUAUGGUUUUGCUUAUGCAAAAGAAGAAGUUAAGGAUGCCUGGGAGGAGCUUGUGAAGGAGUAUGUUUCUACACGGGUUGGUCUUAAGCGAGUAUGCCUUCUUAUAGACACCAAAUGGGGAAUGAAGCCGAGGGAUCAUGAGCUUAUCAAUCUGAUGGAAAGAUCUCAAACAAAGUAUCAAAUCGUAUUAACCAAGACCGAUGUGGUAUUUCCACUUGAUGUUGCACGCCGUGCCAUGGAAAUUGAAGAGAACCUCAAGGCAAAUAAGUCCAUUGUUCAACCAGUGAUGAUGGUAAGCUCCAAGACGGGAGCUGGAAUCCGAUGUCUAAGAACAGUGCUUGCAAAGGUCGCUCGGUUUGUUAAGGUUUAGAAGCAGGUUCUUCUUGAAUUAAAUCAACAUGGUUCUGAACCAAUCAAUGAGUUGAACAUCUUGGCCUGGAGCCUGGAGCCUGGAGCCUGGAGCCUGGAGCCAUGAGCCAUGAGCCAUGAGCCAUGAGCCAAUUCUCAACACCUCAGUAACAUUGCCAUUGGUUUGAUACACUCAAUUCUGCAAGUAUACAAACCAAAGUCCAAAGCGAAAAAAAGGCAGAUGCAUAAGGAACACUCACAAAACGAAGCAGUUUUUGUCCACCAAAAUGCUUUUUUGUGUAUGGAAAUCUCUUCAAUUCCUUCAUAGUAGUA